UGGCCGGGGCGCGAAGGCCCAGUGACGAGAAGCCGCGAUUGCGACAAACUCAAAGAGAGUGUCAGUAGGCCGAAGAAAGGAAGAAGACGGCGAGCACUGCAACAUGGAAACGGAAGUCAAUAACUCGGGAGCGGAAAAAUCCGGCGAUACGAGUGCAAUGACGACGAUAUCUCGUCAUAAUUUCGGAGACGCAGCAGACGAACCGGCCUUCUCUGUCUCCAUCAUCGAGAACAUGAAAGAAGAGUACGGACUGUUCGUGUGGCCGUGCAGCGUCGUCCUGGCCGAGUACGUUUGGCAACAGAGGUCGCGCUUCUUCCAAGCUUCUGUGCUUGAGCUUGGAGCAGGGACUUGCUUGCCUGGUUUGGUGGCGGCUAAACUGGGUGCUGACGUCACUCUCACUGACGACGCUGGUAGAUCGGAGGUUCUGGACAACAUGAGAAGAGUGUGCCACCUAAAUGAGCUCAAGUGUAAAAUAUUGGGGCUCACAUGGGGAGUUUGGGAUGAAUCUAUGUUCAGCUUAUCCCCAACAAUUAUUCUUGGGGCUGAUGUUUUAUAUGACAAUAGUGCAUUUGACAAUCUCUUUGCCACUGUCACUUUCCUGCUACAAAACUCUCCUGGCUCAGUAUUCAUAACAACAUAUCAUAAUCGGAGUGGGCAUCGUCUUAUUGAGUUCUUGACGGUGAAAUGGGGAUUGAAGUGCGUGAAGCUUCUAGACAGUUUUUCAUUCAUGCCAUCUCACAAGGCAUCUGCUUUAAGUGGCAACCUUCAAUUGGCAGAGAUUGUUUUGAACAGUGAAGCAGCUGAGACACUAAGAUAAAGAAUAUAUACGUAUAUAUAAUAAUAUAAGUUCAAUAUAUGUGUGUUAUGUGUAUGGUUAAGAAAGCUAUCUAACCAAAAGUGCUGUGUAACAAAUAUAGAUUUUCUAUUUUUGCCCCUAAUCCUCUUUUAAC